AUGGUCGCACCAGCGCCUCCCGUGUCAACAGCGCCGGGGGGAUCGCUCUCCAUGGCUAACGACAGCUCAUCCAAGCCGUCAAGGAGCGGCGAGGGUGGGUCUUUCCGCUUGCAUGCGCCGGGCCGGAUCCCACUCAGUCCCAUGCGGCUGGGGCCGGGGCCCGUGCCGUCGCCAUCGCCGCACGCUGGUGCCGCGUCGCCGCUCGGGACGUCGGCUCCUACGACGUCCCCUCUGCCGCUUGCGAACGAGCUGCCUGACGACCCGGCGCAGGCAUCGCAGCUUGUCCAUCUCUACGCGCCACCGCUAGCGCCCGCCUGGAGCCCCGUGCCGAGCUCCAUGUCGCGUACCCUCAGCGGCCGCACGGAUGAGGGCAGUGGGCCGCGUGGGCGCGCGCCCACGUCGCCCGUGCCUGCGGCGCAGGCGGACAAUGGGCUGCGGCGGCCCCUCUCGAGUCCGCGCUCGCCCUCGCAGGCGCUGCUCUCGCCACUGAUGCGGCACCGCAACGCGCCACGGUCGCCCGAGCCGAGCAUAUUUGAGCGUGAUAUCGAGCUGUGCGGCAGCCCACACAUGCGCACGCCCCAGGAGGCCAUCGAUACGUCCGUGCCGACGGUGCUGGACGGCGCGGCCGACGCGAUCGUCGGCGACACGGACCUCGAAAUCGUGGCGCCGCGCGACGGAUCGCACUCGUCGUCGCCGCUCGCGUCGCCCGAUAUGCGCGCGCGGCGGCGGCUGGGCGGCGAGCCGCUCAUUCGGGGCGUCUCUCACGACAGCUGGCAGCCGCGCGCCCCGCGCCCGGGCGGCCACCGCCGCCUGCUGUCGGAGCAGUCCCAUGUCGCGGCGAGCCUCCCGGGCAUGCCGCCGAGUCCCAGCGCGUUCUCCCAUGCGGGCUCGCGGCGCUCGACGCUGCUGAUGCCUACGACGCCGGGGUCGCGCGCUGAUUCGAUGGCGCCGUCCAUGAGCCCGAGUCUGAGCAUUGACGGGGCCGUCAUCCCCGAGGGGCAGGCGGCCAUGGUUGCGCACAGCCUCGAUGGCCUUGCGGACGUGAUUGUGCAUCCCGCGUCGCAGGCCUCGCCGGCGCCGGUGGCGUCGCCGUCUCCGAUCGAGUCGGCGGGCUCGAUGCCUGCGUCGACGAGCUACUUUUCGCUGCCGCCGUCCGCCGACGACGCGCGCGCCUCGGGCAAGUUCCGCUACACGCUGCUCGACUUGCCGCAGCCAGGUUCGACCCUGACGCCUGCCGGCGUGGAGCGCUCGCACUCCUUUCUGAGCGCGCGCUCCGCGCGCGCGGGCGCGCCGGGCCGGCGAGCAUGGCAGGCGCGGCGCCCACGCAGCGCCGACUCGUCCGAGAUGCCCGCGCCGCCGCUCUUGCAGGUGCAGCCCGAUGCGAGCCUGUCCUCGGCCGCCGGGUCCGGCGAGCGCAAGCGCCUCUCGUGGAUGACGUACACGGACCUGGUGCGUGAUGCGGACGAGCAAGUGACGGACGUGUCGCUUGGAUAG